UACCAGGGCGAUGUUAAACAUUUUAGCAUCGCAGUGAUGUAUGUUUACACCAUAAUAUUCGCUCUUGCUCUGCAUCUGACAUGCUUGAAGGCAUCUAACGAUUGCAAGGACGAGGAUAUAAAAUUAAUGAGCAAAACCUUAAGUUCACUUAUAAUAGAAGAAAAUGUCAAACUGACAAAACUGAUGCAGCAACUUAAAAGGAAAGUUAAAGCGUUAUCCGAUGAUGUGUUGGGAUUUAAAGAAAAAUUACAGAGUGUAAUCAAGAAUGUUCCAACAACAGAACAAACACCAGCGUUCACUACUCCACAAACACGUCUUUGCCGUGGGCAGUGUGAUGCAAAGUACGACAGAAAUGCACCAUGUCAAUGUAAUGCUCGGUGUCCGGAGUUUGGGGAUUGCUGUUCCGAUUAUGCAAGUUUGUGUGACGUAAUUCCGGUUGUACAUCCAACGCUUCCGUCCGAACCUAGAUGGCCGUGGCAAAGAAUGCUUGUUGGAAAAACGCUUACCACUAGAGCCAGUACUGACGUUGAACUCGAAGCCCUCUCAGAAUCUUUGUGGAUAUCUGAUGUCAAUAGAGCAAACACCAGUGAUGUCAGAUUUAACACAAGUCAGGGUUCAAAGCUGUUCAGUUACGUUAACCCUUCAGUGUUGAGCCGACCUACAUUCGUUGCACUCCGGGCACUUUUGGACAACUACAUAGCAGAAGUUGGAACAUCAGAGCCCGUUUGCACACAGUGCAGACAAGAAGAAGAUG